CUUUCCAAGCAACAAAACUUAGAACAAUUUAAUCAAGAAAGCAACCUUGCAACGAUGAAAGGUUUUCACUUCCAUGUAGCAUUUGUCCUGUUGGCUCUGGCUUUCACAUUUGCCUCUGCCUUUGAUCCCAGCCCUCUUCAGGACUUCUGUGUAGCAAUUAAUAACACCAACGAUGGUGGUAUUGGUAAUAUUUUUCUUUCCAUUUAUGCAGUUUUUGUUAAUGGCAAGUUUUGCAAGGACCCAAAGCUCGCCACAGCAAAUGACUUCUUUUUUCCGGGGCUCAACAUUCCAGGAAAUACAUCGAAUCAACUAGGAUCAAAAGUCACUCUAGUCACUGUUGAACAAAUACUAGGACUUAACACUCUUGGCAUAUCUCUUGCCCGACUUGACUUUGCAUCCUAUGGUGGCCUAAACCCCCCUCACACUCAUCCUAGAGCCACAGAAAUCCUAGUCGUUUUGGAGGGCACACUCUACGUUGGCUUUGUUACAUCCAACCCGGAUAAUCGUCUCAUCACCAAAGUCCUAUACCCUGGAGAUGUUUUCGUUUUCCCGAUCGGCCUCAUUCACUUCCAGUUCAACGUAGGGAACACCAAUGCUGUCGCCAUUUCUGGUCUUAGCAGCCAAAACCCAGGGCUUAUCAUCAUUGCAAACGCAGUAUUUGGCUCAAACCCUCCCAUCAAUCCUGAUGUUCUUGCCAAGGCCUUCCAGUUGGACAAGACUGUGGUUACCUAUCUUCAGUCCCGAUUCUAGUGAGAUAACAACUAGAGGAAAAUUUAUACAUCUAUGUAGCAGCUUGCUCGGAAUAAUGUUUGACUUGUUUCUCUCAUUGAAUUUAGUAUAAUUCAUGGGUUGGAAUAUAUAAAAUAAAGAAGUUGCUUAUGUUCUUUGGCUUAUGCAAACCUCUCUGUAUUUCAUUUUGAUUAUAUAAUAUGGAGUAUUGUAAUUUGUUUUUAGUUUUGACCCACCCCUUCUUCAUCUAGGGAA